AUGCGCAUUGUCAGUGGCAUCACCGCCACCCUAGGCCUUGCUGGUGCGGUGUCCGCAAACCUACACCCUCGCUCUCAAGAAACCCGCGACUUCUUCGCCCUCCACCUUGACGAUACCACCUCUCCCUCCCACAUCGCACAGGUCCUAGGCGCACGCCACGAGGGCCAGAUUGGCCAACUGGAUGGCCACCACACUUUCUCGUUACCGCGGGAACAGACGGCUCAGUUUGACACCUUGUUGAAUGAUUUAAAGACCAGGCGAAAGCUCCGGCGGCGCUCCGACGGUGGACUCGAUUCGCGCGGGACAAGUGAUGAUCCCCUAGACAAGAUCCUGUGGUCGCAUAAGAUUGCUCCAGCAAGACAACGAUUGCAGAAACGACUUCCGCCGGUCUCCGUACCCUACAAGACGCUGGACAAGAGGGAAAAUGCGCAGGCCGUUGCUUUCCAAAAGAAUGCCAUGUCAUCUCUAGGGAUCACUGACCCGAUCUUCAGAGAACAAUGGCACCUUGUCAACACAUUGCAGCCCGGGCACGACCUCAAUGUGACAGGAUUGUGGUUGGAGGGGAUAACCGGCAAGGGCGUCGCCACUGCAGUUGUCGACGAUGGGCUGGACAUGGAUAGCAACGAUCUCAAGCCCAACUACCUCCCAGAGGGCUCCUGGGAUUUCAACGAGGGACUCCCGGAACCCCGCCCUCUUCUGCUUGACGAUAAGCAUGGUACUCGAUGCUGCGGCGAGAUCGCGGCGGCAAAGAACGAUGUUUGUGGAGUUGGUGUUGCGUACGAUAGCAAGAUAGCCGGCAUCCGCAUCUUGUCCAAGCCUAUCGACGAUGUCGAUGAAGCGGCAGCUAUCAACUACGCCUACCAAAUGAAUGACAUUUAUUCAUGUUCAUGGGGCCCCAUCGACGAUGGUGCUACUAUGGAUGCGCCUGGAAUCUUGAUCAAGCGAGCCAUGGCCAACGGUAUCCAAAAGGGUAGAGCGGGUAGAGGCUCUGUCUAUGUCUUUGCCGCCGGUAACGGUGCGGCCUCUGGGGAUAACUGCAACUUCGAUGGGUAUACCAACAGUAUCUACAGUAUUACAGUCGGUGCCAUUGACCGGGAAGGGAAUCACCCGACUUACUCCGAGUCAUGCUCGGCCCAACUUGUGGUCGCAUACAGUAGCGGCUCCGGUGAUUAUAUUCACACUACCGACGUGGGUGCUAACAAGUGCUUCGCUGCACAUGGUGGCACCUCUGCGGCAGGUCCGCUGGCCGCAGGCAGCGUGGCUCUCGCGCUCAGCGCACGCCCGGAGCUGACCUGGCGUGAUUUACAAUACUUGAUGGUGGAGACGGCGGUCCCCGUGAGCGAGAACGACGGUAGCUGGCAGACCCUGCCCUCUGGCCGCAAGUUCAGCCAUGACUGGGGUUUCGGAAAGGUCGAUACAUAUACCAUGGUCCAGCUUGCUAAGACUUGGGAUCUCGUGAAGCCUCAAGCGUGGUUCCACUCGCCAUGGCUGCGAGUGCAUCAAGACAUUCCCCAGGGUGAUCGGGGUCUGCUCAGUCGUUAUACAGUAACUGCUGAUCAAUUGAAGGAGGCCAACGUCGCCAAAUUGGAACAUGUCACUGUGACUAUGAAUGUCAACCACACCCGCCGCGGUGAUAUCAGCGUUGAGCUGCGCAGCCCUACUGGAAUCGUCAGCUACCUGAGUGUUGCCCGCAGAAAGGAUGACAUGCCGGUUGGGUAUGAGGAUUGGACUUUCAUGUCUGUUGCUCAUUGGGGUGAAUCUCCUAUUGGCGAGUGGUCUAUCAUCGUGAAAGACUCCGAAGUCAAUGAAUUCUCCGGCACAUUCAUUGAUUGGCGACUCAAUCUGUGGGGUGAGGCCGCCGACGGAGCUAAACAAAAGCUUCACCCCUUGCCCGAUGAGCAUGACGACGACCAUCCUUACGAGGAUGCUCCUGUAGCCACGACUAGCAUUACGUCGGCCCCAACAAAGACCGGAGCCCCUGCCAACCCAGAUGACCAUCAUGAUCGGCCUGUGAACGCGAAGCCAAAGCCAACGGCCACAAAUCCCACGCCAGUUGAAGAUGAGAAGAAGCCCACCAACACUACCAUUGGUGAAGCUGAAACCCCCUCCCCUUCCUCCGCCGGAGCAGGCUAUAUAUCCUCUUGGCUUCCUACUUUUGGUGCUUCGAAGCGUACUCAAGUUUGGAUUUAUGCAUCAUUGGUCAUGAUCAUUACCUUCUUCAUUGGAUUGGGUGUCUACUUCCAGCUGCAGAGAAUCAAGCGUCGUCGCACCACUGCUCACGACGACUACGAGUUUGAAAUGAUUGAGGAUGAGGAUGAGAUGCAACCGAUGACUGGAGCAUCUGGUCGAACACAGCGUCGUGGCGGUGAACUGUAUAAUGCAUUUGCUGGAGAGAGUGACGAGGAAAUGUUCAGUGAUGAUGAUGAUGAACCGUAUCGUGAUGGGUUGGCCAAUACCCAGGAAAAGGAUGGUGAAGAUGGAACCUCACAUGGUGACCCCCAUCAGGAAAAACCUUAA